AAAUUAGCCAACUCAUGCAGUUGCACAAAAAUCUAUGUUUUAUGACUUCUCUGGCAACCUUAUAGUGAAGAAUUGAAUCGAUGGAUGAUGUGGAUGCAGAUAAGUAUUUGUUCAUAAAAAAUGGACAAAUAUUUAGAGGAAAAGAUGCAGAAGAAGUAAAAAAAAGUACUGAAACAAGCAAGAAAAGUACUGAAACAAGCAAGAUUUACAUCAAAAGUGGAGAGAUACUUCAAGAUGAUAAGGCAGAUGAUGCGAGAUUAGAAGCUGAUACUAGUGAAAUCCUAAGAGAACUACCUCCACUUUCAUAUCCUGUCACCUUAAGACUCCCACAGAACUCAACGACAAGAAAAGCAGAAGAAGUACGCUCACUGGCACCUGUAGUUGAACACAAUACACGUCCAAUGAAUUUAAUAUCAAAUGUCAAUGUACAAACAUGCCCUGUCGAGGAUUACAACCUACCUACAAAAGACGAGUUUGCAAAACCCAUAGCAAGGGAACAAGAAAAAUUACUCCAACCUUUAAGUACUGAUAAAAACCAACCUAAAUCAGAGGUAGAGGUGGUGGUUGAUGGCUUACAAGCUGAAAUUGAUAAAGUCAGUGAUGAUAAAGACUUAAAACCUUUUUCUUCAGAUGAUCAAUCAAUCAAUGAAUCAGAAUCUGAUUCAGAUACAGUUAACACAGUCGAUAGUGAUAUAAUUCAAAGACUAUCACCGUAUCCAAAGAGAAAAAUAUCAGAUCAAGUGUAUCAGGUUGCAUCGGAGGGAUUACACUGUCAAAAUAGCCAGCAAUUAGAAAUGCAAGAAACAGUAAACAAAAAUUCCCAUGAACAAAAACCUGCAACAAAUCUACUUUCAGUAAAUCCUACCCAAGAGGACUCAAAACCAGACAAUUCUGAAAAUUCGAAGAAAUGUACAAUUAAAGCUAUAGACUCCAAAUUAUUCCAACGAGAUAUCCAAAGCACUAAAUGUACUAUCAAAAUGACAAAACCGUCAGCAAAUGUUAAAGAAAUCAAUGUAAAACUAGGAAACAUUGACAUGACAGGUGCCAAAGCUGAGGUUAGCACAAAACUCAGUGCAGAAGUAACUGGUAUUGAAUUUGAAUCGGCAACAGUCCAAGGUUCUAUUACAACAGCCAAAGCCUCAACAAGUGCACAAGCUGUUGUUAAAGGUGUGUCUUUGAAGACACUAACUUCUGAACAGAGUGUCCUUGCUCUGGAAGCAAAAGGAAGCUUAGAAGCGAAAGCUGAAGUGUUCUCUGGUAACAUUGGAACUAGUAAGAUUAAUGUAGCACAAGGACGUGUAGCAGUAAGUGCAUCUGCGUCAGUAAAUGUAGCAAAGACUCAAGUAGCGAGUACAAAUAUAACUGGAGCUGAAAUUAGUUCAACAGCUGAUGCAUCUGCAAAAGCAAGAGGUCUUGAUGUUGUAGUCGGGAAAGCUGAUAUUCAAGGCAUUAAAGUUGGAGCUGAUGCUUCUGCAAAAGCCGAGGUGACUGGUUUGGAUAUAAAAGUUGGUACAGCCAAAAUUACUGGAACUGAAAUUAAAGCUUCUGCGUCUGCUAGUGCUUCUAUGGGAUCUGAAAUAAAAGUUGGAAACGCUAAUAUUAGUGGUUUUGAUGGAAUAGGAGUCAAGGCUUCUGUAAGUGCUAAACCAGGAAUUAAAGCUUUUAAUGUGGACGUGGGUCUGAGUGGUCAAGCAGGUGUACGUAUUGCACCAGCAGGUAUUGAAAUAGGGAAUAUUUCACUGAGACCAGGAUUGCCCAAACUAGAUCUAUCUGGUGGUAUUGGACUAAACUUUGGAUUUGGAGGAAGUAUCGAUGAAGGAGGCGGCGGAAAUGGUGGCAACAGUGAUGUAGGAAGCAGCAGCAAUGACAGUGAUGUUGGAACUGGUCAUAGUAGUGAUAGCAGUGAUGUUGGAGGUGGCAAUGUAGGAGGUGGAGGUGGAGGUGAUGAUGGUGAUGUUGGAGGUCACAAUGGUGGUGUUGGAAAUAGUGAUGGUGAUGUUGAUGUUGGAGGUGGCAAUGUGGGUGGAGGUGGAGGUGAUGAUGGUGAUGUUGGAGGUCACAGUGGUGAUGUUGGAACUGGUGAUGGUGGAGGUAAUAAUGUUGGAAGUGGUGAUGUUGGAGGUGGCAAUGUAGGUGGAGGUGGAGGUGAUGGUGAUGUUGGAGCUCACAAUGGUGGUGUUGGAAAUAGUGAUGGUGAUGUUGGAGGUGGCAAUGUAGGUGGAGGUGGAGGUGAUUAUGGUGAUGUUGGAGGUCACAGUGGUGUUGUUGGAACUGGUGAUGGUGGAGGUAAUAAUGUUGGAAGUGGUGAUGUUGGAGGUGGCAAUGUAGGUGGAGGUGGAGGUGAUGAUGGUGAUGUUGGAGGUCACAGUGGUGAUGUUGGAACUGGUGAUGGUGGAGGUAAUAAUGUUGGAAGUGGUGAUGUUGAAGGCAAUGGUGGCGAUGUUUUUGGAGGUGACCUUGUUGGAGGUGGAGAUAGUGAUGGUGAUAUUGGAGACGGUGGUGAUGGUUGUGUUGCUGGUGAUGGUGGAGCCUCAGGUGAUAAUAGCGGUAAUAUUGGCAGUCACAAUGGUGGUGAUAGUGUUGAAGCGACGGACAACUCAUAUCAACAAGCUGCUGCUCAGUAUCAUAAAACAACAAAUUCAUUAGAAUCAUCUGCCAGAAGAGGCAACGAUCUUGAAGGAGAAAGCUUUGAUUCUGGUGCACUAGGUAUAGGAUUUCAUACAAGAAGGCUUGGUGCAAGCUCACACAACAACGUGCAAUUAAAUUUGAUGCCAGUGGAGAAUUUACAAUAUGAAGAUGUGUUUAAAGUGCAUCAUGAUCAACAACGUCUUCUAAGUGUUCGUAGUGAUGAAAUUGACAGUCAAAUCCAAGGAAAGGUUCUUAGCCCUACCUAUGGGCAGAAACUAGGUAACCAAGUGUUACAUCGAUUUAGUCCUAUGUUCAGAGAAUUAAGAAAACAGAAUCCACCGUCUGAUGGACACACACAAGAUAUUCCGAAGUCACGUGAAGAAAGUAAAAGUUUUUUAAAAGCUGUAAUACAGUCUGGACAAAAGCAGCUUAAAUCCCGAAACAGUUCUGAAAGUGCUUCUCACUCAGAAGAUCACCAAGAUUGCGAAACUGAAACUGAUGAGAAAAUGUCCUGUACUAAAAAUCAUCCUCACACACUGAGUUGCUUCAAAAAGGAAGGCAAAAGACCCAUAAAACAUCAUGGUGGCAAGGUGUUUGGUUUUGGCAACUAACUCAUGUUGUAUAUAAUUAUAGUAAGUAGCGGCUUGUUUGAUUUACACCAAUUUGCAAUUACACAUUAUUGUUCACGCUCAAUGUACCUUACUUUAAAUUAGAACCUUAUUAACACCUUACGUUAUGUAAUAUUUACUACUACCUUAACCAUGAUUUGAUGUUGAUGUUGAUUCUCAUUGUUGAUGCUCCACUUCCUCCCUUUGUUGUUGUGCGAGCCUCUGGGGCCCUGCUCCACGUAUUUAAGGUUUUGUUUACCUUUUUUGCCUCACUUCACUUUAACUUCGUUUUACCCUGUAUUGUCAGUUGAUGUUUUGCUUCUCAAUCUAAGAAUUUGGUUAAGCUACACUG